UGAGCUUGCAUUGAAGCAAUGGCGACCAGCAGUGCCGUAAACCCAGCGACGAGCGCAACUGCUGCCGAUCCGCGACUGCAGCUGGAAGAGCAGCUGGAAGAGUUUGUCGAGACGCUGCGGCAGGUCGGGAUUGUCGCCACGUCCUUCCAGUCAGAGAGCCAGCCCGUGCUCAAUGCAAAGCUUGGAUCGCUCGUGUCGCAGAUGCAGGCAUUGGACGAGCUCCGCCAGGCAGUCGAUAUUGACAUCCCGCUGGAUUUGCUUCGCUACGUCGAUGACGACAUGAAUCCGCAAGUGUUUACAAAUGAUGUGGUGCUCGAGGCGGUACAGAAGAAUCGCACUGCCAGCGCAACAGUGGACAUGUUUCAGAAAUUUAAAACGCUUCUCGAGAGCGAGUUGGCAACCACAAUGCCUGAAGACUUUGCAUUGUACCAACAGCAAAUAUCUGCCGCUUCUGCCUUGCCCUCGCCAUCGCAAACGGCGGACGCACUGAAUGGAUCGAACAACAAUGGCAACAACGUAGUAUCAAUAGGGGCGCAAAUGGAGGUUGAUCCGCCUGCAACGCAAGACAAUGCAUUCCUAUAGUUGUGAAAAUGGAAAAAAAAAAAAAAAAAAAUACAAUAGUUACCAGCAAC